AUGGCGCGCGGCAAGCGGCAGCUCGAGGACGACGACGCCGAGGAGGUCGCGAGGGCCGACGAGGAGGAGGAUGCGGAGGACGAGGACGAUGACGACGGCACUGGCACCUGCUCGACGGCUUCGACGCUGCGGAUGCCGGAAGGCUGGACGCUCGCGUUCUUGAAGCCCAGCGGCAAGCCCUUCGUGUGCGCGACGUGCGCCGCCCAGAGCGACGAGCCGUCGCCGCUCAACAGCGCCUUCGCAGGCGACAAGUUCGGUGGUCGCAGGCCGUGGGGGCGCUACAAGCAGCUGAAGAAGAACAAGGUGAAGAAGGCGUGCGGGAAGUCGUGCCUCGUGUGCGUGCACGCCAUUUUGGCCUCUUGGGCGGCCUCCGCUCGGCCGCCGGGCAGCGCGGCAAUGGAGGCGCUGCCUGACCCUGUCGUCGCCGUGGCCCAGGCGGCCCUGCGGCGGCAGCUGCGCCCCAGGCGCGACGGCCGCAAGCAGACCGCGAUCGCUCGGACGGCAGGGGUGCGGACGGAGAAGGAGUGGGGCCAGCGGCCAGCCCCAUCUGCGCCGAGACAGCCGAAGGGUGCAUGGGCCAACGGUCCGCCGACGCCUGACCUGGUUGCGUCCAUCACGGCUGCGAUCGAAAGGAAGUUCGACCAGAAGUUCAAGAGCCUCAAGGACCCGAAGGCUCAGGUCCCCGAGGCUGCCGGUGGUGAUGCUGCUCCUCCUGGUGAUGAGCAGGAGCAGCGUGGCGCCCGCAUUGACUCCCUCGAGAAGGCUCUCAAGCAGCUUGGCGAUGUCGACUCCUCCGACCCUGCCAGAGCCUGCCUCGAGGAGCAACUUCGUGCUGCCCGCAAGGCUCAGCGAGAAGCUAAGCCACAGCUGCAGCAGCACACCAAUGUGGCUUUCAGGCCCCAGGCGGCGCAGCGCAAGCAGGCCAAGGCAGCUGAAGCCGUCACUGCCCAGCAGAAGGUUAUCGAGGCGGCUCAGAAGUCACUACUUGAGCUGCAGGAGAAGCAGGCCGCAUGCCAGCGCGAGGUGGCGGCUUUGGAGGAGGAGCUGCGCCGCACCAUGCCUGCAGGCCCUGGCACCAGCUCCCAGUACAUGGACGUCAAGCUGGAGCUCCCCACGGAGGUGCUGGAUGAUGAGGCGAACGCCGACGUCAAGCAGCUCUUGUCCAGCGCGGCCUUUGCCAAGCUCCAGGUGCUGCAGGCGGAGCCGACGGGGGAGGCGGGGCUGCUGCUGCCGCUGACCACCCUGCUGCCGCAGCACCGCCCGAGGGAAGGGAUGCUCCAAUGCCGCAGGAGAUUGGUACUGGCCCUGAUGCAGUACCUGACCUUCAGCGUGCUGCUCGCACCGCAGGUUUCCGAGCUUUAUGCAGCCCGUCGCGAUGUUGUGCACGUGGCUCACACUCAGCGGGAGUGGCCAUAUUUGCUCGGCAGCAUCUCGGAUUGCGAUGGCUGGCCUGAGCUCGUGGUGUAUUCUGCAUACUUUCAUGAUAGUGUUGGAUUGGAUAUGGCCAAUAUGAACCUGCUGUCGGUGCUUGGGGCUUCCAUUAGCCGCUCUGCUGGAUCGUUCUUGGCAGCUGCUGAUUGGAAUGUUGAGCCUGGGGUGAUCGAGCAGAGCGGAUUCACGCGCAAGGCUGGACUUAUCACGAUGGCACCAGCUCGGCACACGUGCAUUAUGUCGACCUCGGCUAGUACAAUUGAUUUCUUUCUGGCAUCUCAGGACAUCGUCAGGGCAACGGAGAAGGAUCACGCACAGGAUCCGAUGCUCAUAGCUCGCGGCUGGCAGUGGCUGUACCGUGUGUGGCAUGAGUUCGAGUUGAUGGUUCAGCAGCGUGAUGAGCUUCACCACAACACGGCUGCCAUUUCUCUUAAGCAGACUUGUCUUGUGGAGAAUUACCCUGGCGAGGGCUUGGACGUCAGGCUCGACUCACAGGUCAUCGCUUUGAGACAGCUCAUCCAUGAGUACCCCGAAGUUUAUCCUCAUGAGUGGUGGGAUCGGGCUACUCUCUUUGGCGAACAUUUAUCUGUGGAGUUUGAAGUAGCUACGAAAGAAUCUUUACGCUUACGGCAGCAGUCGUGGACGGAGUGGUGUGACACUGCCCUCAAGGGCUCGGCUAAACUGAUGCAUAAGAUCACGCGACUCCAGAAGGUAUGGUGCCCCACAGUGGUUCAGAAGGUUCCUGGCAUCUACUCCAGCAGUCCUGAGGAGGUGCUCAACUCGGAGGCGAGCCACAAGCAAGUUCGGUACGCUCGAGCAGCCGUUGCGAACUUGGCGUCCUUGGAGCAGUGGAAGCGUAUAGACGAACUCCACAAGCCACCAGCGUUUCUAGAUUGGCUUGUCUAUGGGCUUCAGUGGGACGAAUGCGAUUUCGAUGUUGUCGAGGGAUCUGGUCAUUGCGUAGCAAGGCGGAGGGUUCUCGCGCAGCAUGGGCAGUUGCAGUGGCAGUCGAGCGGGAGCGGCGUCGUGCAACGUGAGGACGUCGUCCUCCCUAUGUCUGUCUUGAGCGACGGUAAGUCGUCGUCCAUCGCGUCAGCGAUCUUCCACAAGCACGAAGGCCAUUUGGAAUCUCUGUGGGGUCGAGCUACCCUCGGGUGCAUGCAAGUUAACACCGACAGCGUUCUAGUCAACAAGCGUGUGUGGAAGUAUCUGCUUGCAUUAUCUCAGAUCCCAGCGUCUGUCAUGAUACUGUUCAACCCGUGCCUGCAGCACCAAGUAGCUCUGACGCUCAAUGCGAUCACCUUGUUUUUAGGAGUGCUCGGGAGAUUGUUCGGGGCUUGCAGCGUGAUGAGGCACGGCGAACACAUUCAGAAUUUGGAAAAAGCAGUGCGGAAACAUUUGGAUCACCCAGAGACUGGAUUAGAGAUCAUUCCAGAGCUUCCGCCACCAGAGCACGCUGUCCGCCUCGAACGUUUGUUGAUGGCAACUCACUACAGCCGAGCAGCCCGGCGACAGCAUAACGUGGACUCCCCCGCAGAAGACCUCGAGAGGGACGAGGAGGCGGAGCUCAUCCGCAACAUGUGGAACGGCGACCUGAGGCGGGCGCGGCCAUGCCAUUAUUGCCCGCCUGGGCAUUGCCAGAGCCGGGAGGUGCUCGUGGUGCACGACGCGCAGUCGGGGUUCGUGCCGGCGGAGUUCGAAGAGCUGCCCGGCCUGGGUUGCAGCGGGCGCGGCUGGGGAGUGCUGUGAGUGUCGCUGUCGUUGGCGGUGAGAAAUG